AUGAAGUGGCUAAAAGAAUAUCAAAAUCAAGAGGUGUCCCUGAUUAGUGAUGAUGAACUCACCAAAGGCAGAAGCUUGUUUCUCCAGGCUAAGGACAAAUAUGAAGAAGCAUAUGAUGAAAAUGAAUAUGCAGACCUACAGGCUGAGGUCAUGUCUGAAGAAUCAUAUGAUGAAAAGGAAGAUGCAGACCUUUCAUUAAGUGUUUGGAUGAGAGAGCAGAAGCUUUCAUAUCAAACUUUCGUAAACAACUAG